AUGCGUGGGCGAACCCUCCGUGUCCACCAAGUUGUUGUUAUCGUUUGCGCUCUCCAACACUGUGCUGGGUGGAUGUCACCCAAUUGCCGUCGUUGCGGCGGUCUCCGUGCAUGUGGUGUGCAUCACGCUGUGUGGAUGACUCUAUUUUUGUGGCUGUCACUCAUUUCUCUGCAUAUUUUAUUUCUCUCUUAUUUCCCUUUUGAUUGUUGGCUAGUGUUCAGCUUUAACUCGAUCCAACUAAGAAAACAAGAAGAAACAAUGUCUGGAAGGCCAAGCAAAGGAAUUCACGGUAAUGAGGAGGGCCAAGCGUCUACUGUGCCACAGGGAGAUUCUCUUAAGAGAGCGAUGUCGGACCUUGAGGGUGACACAGCUCAGCCCGCUGCGACUCCCAUAAGAGUGGAGGAAGCGCAACUACAGUGGACCAUGUGCAGCACCGUGUGGGACAUCCUGCUGGACGGAGAGACCGACAUUUCCGAUAUGAAGCUGAAUGCUUUUCUUCGGGAGCAUUUUGGCUCCAGGGCGGCCGUUGAAGAAGAACAGAAUGUGGAUAUGUGGGAUUUUUUGAGGAGUCCCGAUGCCUUCAUAAAAGACCAGCAGCUGCUUGAAGAAAUUUCUAAUUUAAAGGAUUAUCAGCUUUUAAGAGAUAGGCGCAAGCUUGCGGACGGGCAUUUGAACUAUCUCGAAGACUGGAUUGAAUUUGAAGAGAAGGAUACUGUCACUCCCCUUACAAGGAAAAAACUUAACGAUGCCCUCACUCAGAUACAGAAAGAAGUAGCAAGGUGGGAGGCAGAAGAAAGGGCGAAGCGGAUGGCAGAAGAAGAUGUGAGGCAGAAUACUGAAGAAAAGACAACUAAACUGGAGGGAUUCUACGAGUCUGUGUACGGUGCGAAGUGGGGCCAUGUCUUGGGGUUUUAUGACGAUAAGAUUUGUGAGGAUCGAAUGGAGGUACAUGAGGGAAAACCACCGCAGUCAUGGACGUACAAGAAGGAAGGUCUAACAUUCGAAAAGGAUGACGGUGUGGAGCAAUUCAGACCACCACGUCCCAGGCUGAUGGUGCUCACCUCGGACAAGGGAUGGCCGUACUCGUGGAGGGAGAAUAAACCCAUUGUUGACUGUUAUGUGAACUGUGAGGUGGAUCGAGUGUGGCAGAUUGUUGAGCGUGAUAUAGAAGACUUGUCUGACGGUUUCGGUGGGUACGACCCCACGCUUAGGCAGCGUGUGUUGGUUGGGACGCCCGGGAUCGGGAAGUCGAUGAAUGCCGGUUCGUACCUUCUCUACCAGCUGCUGCACUGCGAUGCCGAGAAAAUCCAAGUGGUUGUCCACUGUUUUGGAGAGGGUGAGGCCUACGUCUUUGACAAGACCACCAAGACGGUGACAAAAUACGUGGGUAUUGGAGAAUCUGUGAGUGUUGUGUUGAGUUUGUCGCAGCGUGGGAUGAAAGGGUAUAUAAUCUACGAUGUGCCAACGAAUGGGCCACAGCUGCCGAUAAGUUUUGCGCCCUCCACCGGAUGGGGCACGAUUGGGCUGGCAUCCCCAAAGGUAAGGGACAUUCAGGAGUUUGCGCGUCAACGAGAUCCCCACCGAAUCAUCAUGAAUUACCCCGAAGAGAUGGAUGUGAAGGCGAUGUGUGCGUGGAUGAAGCGCGACGGGACUCCACAGUUUCCUGUCAGUCUGACGACGAAAACGCGUGAGGACGCAAUUCCCGACUCAGCUCACACUGAAUUGCUUUGCUUUAUACCCCCACCUUUUUUUUUUUUUUCUUUGUUCCUUUGCUCUCGCCGUGCGGUUUUGCAGCCCAGCGACGCGCACGCCCACACACACACACACACAAAUACACGCGCUACGAUGGAGACAUGUUGUUCGAGGUCCAAACAGUUUGAGCGACGCAUUGAGAACGGAACAAUAAAAAUCACCUUUCGGCUGAGCGCCCGCUUCCCUCCACCCACCCCCCCAAUUCCUGCUAUUGUUGUCGUCUUUCUUUCUUGCGCAACGGCGCCCACGUAA